AUGCUCAAGUUGGGGUAUAAACAGAGUCAAGGAGAUCACACUUUGUUUUUAAAACACUCAUCUUCAGGGGGAGUGACUGCUUUAUUAGUCUAUGUGGAUGACAUUAUAGUGACUGGUGAUGAUCUGGAAGGAAUUGAGAAUUUAAAGAAAUGCCUAGUAAAAGAAUUUGAAGUCAAAGAGCUCGAGAUGGGUAAGUUGGGAUGUAAACCAGCAGAGACACCCAUAGAGGUGAACCACAGACUUGGAGAUGCACUAGAAGAUGCAACAGUUGAUAAAAGGUCUAUGGUUGAUAGAAGAUCAACCUCUGGCUAUUGCACUUUAUUAGAAGGUAACCUUGUGACUUGGAGGAGUAAAAAACAAAAUGUUGUGGCUAGAUCUAGUGCAGAAGCUGAAUUUAGGGCUAUGGCUCUUGGAGUUUUUCAACAUGAUCGUACGAAGCACGUUGAGGUUGACAGACAUUUUAUAAAGGAAAAACUGGAUAGUGGCUUAAUUUUCACUCCAUUUGUAUCCACUGAUUGUCAACUAGCAGACAUACUUACCAAAGGAUUGUCUGGGAAAUCGUUUCAGAAACUAGUAACCAAGCUGAGAAUGGAUGAUAUCCACUUCCCAGCUUGA